AUGACUUUGUCUCACGCCAAUUUUUUUGGGAUCUCGGAUUGUCCGCAGCCUCCUCAGGUCCAACCUUGUCGCAACAGACCAAAUCGCCUCUCUUGGCUUGCCGAAGACGAAGGAGCUGGUCUGUCCGCUUACAGAGCAGCGAUGACUUCGUCCAACGCCGGCCAAAACGGCCAGGCGCCCGUGCCGACCACGCCGCCGCCCAAGACCAAGAUGUCUCCAGCCUCCGCCCGACCUGAUGCCCACGACAACAACGCGACCACCGCCGACCAACCGCGCCCCGACGCAUCGACUGGCGCUCAGAACACGACCAGCGACACGUCUAACAAUCGCCAAUUCACUCCCACCGCCGUCGACACCGUCAUGACCGAUGCCGAUGCCAGCGCCGCAGUUCCCGCGACGUCGCAGCCGGCUCCAGCCGCUCCAAUGGACGCCGACCCCUUCAAUUCGUCCUUCCCUCAUACACCAAUGCCCAACAUGGACCACGCGUACAUGAUGAUGGCACUCGCGCACAUGGCAGGCAAUCAGAUGUCCAACCAGAUGUCGCCUCCUCCGACCGUCACGCCCGCCCAGGUGACCCUCCCUAGCACCAUGGGCAAUGGCAACGACCCGCUUGUCGCAAGCACCCAUAAUCUCGCCGCGGCGACCCAAGGCCUAGAGUCCUUCGCGCGAAUAGAAUUCGCCGACAGUGUCUUCCAGAUGACCACUUAUGCCGUAAUCAUUGGUCGUGACCAGAAGGCCAUGGUACAGGCGCGAAGAGACGAGAAGCGCAACGCCGAAUUUCGGAGAAGGGCCGAGGAGAAUGAGGCGCUGGGAUUACCGCCCCCCUCGCCCGUUAGACAUGACCGAGGGAAGUUCAGCAAGUCUUAUGUCAGUGAAGAGGGAGGCAUGCUGGGGCCUGAAUCCGAUAGCGAAGAAUCCGGGCGACCGGCGAAGCGCCGUAAGACCACUAGCACUGGAUCUUCACAAAAGCCUGAAGAGGAAGAGGCGCAAGAAAACCUCAUAUCUAACAGACAAUAUGUGUCGCAUACGCCUGGCGCAGCGGCUGUCGACCUGGCCUCCCUACGACCCUCUCCUUACCACGUUCCGUUCAUCGGCAUUCACUCUCCCGGGCCCGAGAUAGCGAGCAAGACCAAGGCUAUCUCAAGAGAGCACCUCAAGAUUCAGUUUAACCAGAAAGAGGGUGUGUUCGAGGCCAUUCCCUUGCACAAGAACGGAUUCUUCAUCGAAGAUGUGCAUCACAAAGACGGAGUUGUCGUACUUCGAAGUGGCGACCACUUGCAGAUCAAAGACGUCGACUUUCGCUUCGUCAUCAAUGGUGUACCAGAAGGCCGUACAGGCGCAGAAGAGUACGUCGAGGAAGAAGAAAAGAUUAAGAAGAGCAAACCUCACGGUGGAAAGGAAAUGAGCUUUGAGUUUGAAGCCUCUCAUGGGAACGGCGAAUUGCACGACACCAGCGACUCGUCACUCAGCCCUCCAGCUCCAUCAGAAGAUGAGGAAUCAGACGUUGACGCCGAAGGGGAGGAGGCGGACGUCGAGGCUGAAGCCGAAGCCGAGGCCGUCGCUGAAGCUGAAGCUCUACCUGAAGAAGAAGAAGAAGACGAUGAAGAGGAAGAAGAAGUGGAAGGGAUUGAGCCUAGCACGGAAGUCAAGGCAGAAGAGCCGGAAUUGGUCCAACCGAUGCAGCAACCAUUAUUACCACUCAUGCCCCAGAAGAAACGUGGGCCCGGCAGACCACCGAAGAAUGGAUUCAUGUCUAAACGGGAGCAGCGUUUGCUUAAGAAGCAACAGCAAGAAAUGGCAAAGAAGACAUUACCACAGCCACCCCCUGGAGAACCUCCGAUCAAGAGAAAGGUUGGCCGACCUAGAAAGCACCCCCUGCCAGAGGAAGGUGGGGACCGACCAGAGAAGCGCAAAUACAAGCCUCGAAAGCCAAAAGGCGAAGAUGGUGCAGAGGGGUCAGAUGCCGAACGGCGAGCCAAGGAGAAGAAGGAGAAGAAGGUUCGACCCAAGUCGCCACCCCUCGAGCUCAAGAUCGAAGAUUACACCGAAGAACAGCUCCAGAAGCCCAACAAGAACUAUGGAGUGCUUAUCGACGAGACUCUCACUGCGGCAGGACCCGAUGGUCUCACUCUCAAGCAAAUUUACAAGCGGAUUACUCAGAGGUACCCCUGGUUCUAUUUCCACACGGAGACAAAGGGCUGGGAAUCCAGUGUACGACAUAAUCUCAUUGGGAACGAAGCGUUCAAGAAGGACGACACGACAGGUCUAUGGUCAAGAGUGCCCGGUGUUGAGCUUGAUGCCGGCAAGAAGCGCAAAGCUUCAUCGCCAGAUCGGUCCAUGAGCGCUGGAUACGGGCAUUACAAUCAUCCAAUGUAUGCUCAAUAUGCCCAACAACAACAGCAGCAGCAACAGCAGCAGCAGCAACAACAACAACAACAACAACAACAGCAGCAACAGCAGCCGGGUCACAUGCCUCCUGGUUACCAGCAUCUUCCUCAUGGUUAUCAUGCCCAAGCCUAUGCUGGUCAGCAAGCGCAAGCAGCAGCGAGAACGCCCCAGUACUCUCCACCAGGGGCUACUCCGACGCCGGGCCAACCAGUGCCACCACCUGCCUCUCAGCCAGUCGCACCUGCAACACUUCCUGGCUACGGAGCUGCUGCCGUUAUUGCUCGGCCUCAGGGCGUUCCCGGACAGCAACCUACAUACAGCUCACCAUACGCCUCAAGGCCUCCACCAACACACCCCGCCGUCAAAUCCGAAGAUGGCGCCGCCUCAACAUCAGCACUACCAGCUACACAACCUGCUCCGGCCGCCAUCCCUGGAGCUCAACCAUCACAGAUACCCGCUGCUGCACCGCAGCAAGCCCGACCUACACCAACACCGCCAGUACAAGCUGAAGCCCGUCCGGUCAUUCAGCCUAGGUUACUAUCUGCCGUUAACGGUCUCAAGAACGGCCUGAUUGAGAACUUGAAGAAGGCCAAAAACCCCAAAGCAGAGGCAAUCGUCAUGUCUGCUCUCAACCGAUGCCUUGGGCUCAAGAGCGCUGCCACUGAGAACCAGACGAUGGAGGACAUCUGCAUGAAGGGAAUACAGAAGCUCCUCGAUGGAUUCUCCACUCGAAGCAAUACGCCCGGAUCUAGCGGUACACCACAGCCAAGUGGGCCAAACAAUGUAUUCGACCCGAAGGUCUUUAACGCGCUGGUGGGGUUCAAGAACGUUUCGUCCAACGCGCUCAAAGUCCGGAUCGGCGAGGCCAAGGCCGAGGCCGUCACGCUGUCCGCCAUCGACAGAGUACUCGGCCUGGCUGACGCUAGCAUAGUACCUCCGCCCGCAGAAGCCAGUGCCUCAGGUUCGGCGGCGGCCGGCUUUGACGGAAUCGAGACGCAUCUAAUGAACUCGGUGAAGCAGCUACUGCUGGGCCUUAACCAGAAGUUGCAUAGGUCAUGA